AUGGAGUCGCCUAAUGGAGAUCAGUUUGACUUCAUCGUGGUGGGCGCUGGUUCUUCUGGCGCGGUGGUCGCCGCCCGCCUUUCAGAGAUUGCUGACUGGAAGGUGCUCCUCAUCGAAGCCGGAGACAACCCACCUAUCGACUCUGUGGUAGGAUACACUGAUAAUAUCUACAGAGAAUUGCCUACUAGUACUAAUAUUUUUAGACUUUCAACUUUUACGGAGGUCGUAGUUUUGAAAUCUGGGCAGUUUUUGUUUGGUUGCAAUCUCCUUUUUUUUCAGAUUCCUGGCUUGUUUCCCUUUGUGGACUACUCUAUGGCUGACUGGAAUUACUACAGCGAAGAUGACGGGUACUCCGUCCAGGCUCAUAAGACGAAAACCAUCCAUUUAACUAGAGGCAAGAUGCUUGGGGGUUGCAGUGGCGCCAAUUAUAUGUACUACGUUCGAGGCAAUAAGGCCGACUACGAGCAAUGGGUCGACCUGGGAGGCGAUGGAUGGGAUUGGGGCAAUGUCACUUACUACUUUAAAAAGAGCGAAGGUCUUAAAAGCUCGGAGGUCUUGAACUCAGAUUCAGCUGAUUUGCACAAUACGGAUGGCCCCUUGGGAAUUACACGACCGACAUGGGAUGAAGACACUGAACAAUAUCUCGAGGCUUUCGGUGAGAAACAUAAAAUCCUCGUCGAUACAAAUGGCUACGAGCAGAUUGGUUAUUCACUACCUCAGUAUACGAUUGAUGAUAAAAAACGACAAAGCACUGCAGUGUCAUUCCUCAGACCAAUCAAAGAUCGAGAAAAUCUAUUUGUCCUCAAAAACACCUUAUGCACGAAAAUACUUUUUGAUGAAACUAAGAGAGCUACCGGAGUAGAAGUGAAGCUACCAAACAAAGAAACAAUUAGUCUUUAUGCUACCAAAGAAGUAAUCUUAUCAGCUGGUGCUAUAAAUACACCCCAGCUAUUAAUGUUAUCGGGAAUCGGACCUAAAGACCAUUUGGUUGAAAAGGGUAUUGAUGUAUUGUUAGACGCGCCAUUAGUCGGUAAAAACUUACAAGACCAUGGAUAUGCAACAGUAAUACUAACAGCUAAAAAAGGACUCCAAUCAGUACCUCAGAACCUUGAAGUUUUCACAAAUCUAGACCAAUUUCCGACACCUACCAUAUAUGGGUUUGCUGCACUAUCAAAUGCCAGCACUGUUCCAGAAUACCAAGCGCAGGUGUUUCCACUUCCAGCCGGCACAAUUAUCUCGACGUUGAUCUGUUCUUACGUAUUUGGUCUGGAUGACAAGAUCUGCACAGCUGUUGCACAGGCGGGCCAGAAGCAGGAAACUCUUUUUACGACAAUAACACUUCUGCACCCAAAUUCUAGAGGAUACGUCGAAUUGAGCGAAAACGAUCCGGAAGUCGCUCCGAAAAUAUUCCUCAAUUACUAUGCAAAUGACACAGAUUUGGAGAAUCAUGCAAAAUAUUUAGAAGACUACUUGGACGUUUUAAAUAGCACGUAUAUGAAGAGCUUGAAUUCUGAGGUUGUAAAUCUGCAGGUACCUCAGUGUGUUGACAUAGAAUUUAAUACUCAUGAUUACUGGAAAUGCCACAUUUUGAAUUCUGCCUCAACUCAGUGGCAUCCAGCGGGAACUUGUCCAAUGGGUGUUGAAGGAGAGAGCGUCGUAGAUGCUGAAUUGAGGGUAUGGGGUAUUACAGGGCUAAGGAUUGCCGACGCGAGCAUCAUGCCAACUAUUCCUAGUGGCAACACUAAUGCUCCCUGUAUAAUGAUCGGAGAAAAAGUGGCUGAUAUGAUUAAAGAAACAUAUGGUCAAUAAAAUUAAAAAAAAUGCACCCUACAAAAACUACAAGCUUAACCCAACCGUUGACAUGUGGAGAAAUACCUAUCUAGGGUAUGGAAUACUGUUUUUGCAAGACAAAUAAAUUAAAAUAUAAAUAAAUUUUGCCUUUUAUUCUAACUCUCAAAACCACUUGCAAAAAUAAAGGAUUAUUUAUACGAGUAAAACGCUAACGCUGUCCA